CAGACUUGCUCAUCUGAAAAAUAAUGGGCAUCUUGGAAGUCGUUUUUCCCUUCUUCAUCUUUCCUUUCAUAUAUGCCUCAAAUGAUUGCCAAUUUUCUUUCUGUGGCAACAAUAGCAUUAUUCGUUUUCCCUUUCAAGUAGCUGAUGAGCAAUAUCCUUAUUGUGGCUAUCCUGGUUUUAACUUAAUUUGUACGAAUAAUAGCAAAACAGUGCUAAAACUUCCUUACUCUGGUGAGUUCUAUGUGCGCAACAUUAACUACCUCACCCAAAAGAUACAAGUCUACGACCCUGAUGAUUGCCUCGCCAAACGUCUUCUGAGCCUCAAUGUCUCCGGUUCUCCUUUUAUUCCCAUUUUCACUCGUAACUACACCAUCUUAAGCUGCCCAUUUCAGAACGCAGGGUCACAAUUCAUUCCCAUUGACUGCCUCAGCAAUUCCACAAAUUUUGUAUCAGCUGUCUCUUCACUAAACUUGACCAAUCCAUUGCCUGAGUCUUGCCAUGUUAUUACAAGGCUUUCGGCCUCAGUUGCAAGGCCAGAGCAGCAGUAUGAGCAGAAUCUCAGAGACGAGCUUAGUGAAGAUCUUCGAUUAACAUGGGAUAGACCUAACUGCAGUUAUUGUGAAUCACGACAGCAAUUGUGUGGGGUUGAUCGAAACAAUAAUAAUCAGCUUUUAUGUUUCUCUUACCAAACAGGAAGUUCACGACAAGGUGGAUCCCAAGUUUUUAGAAUCAUCACAUUAUGCAUAGCUGGACCUGCAGCCGUCUUUGCAAUUGUGAUGGCAUGCUGCGUGUGCUACAAGGACAGACUAGUGAACAACAAUGGCAACAACGCUAUUGCGAGGUCUGCAGGAACUACAAUAUCACCAUUACCGCAAGAAGAGAGUGUGAGUAGGGGUCUGGACGAGUGGACGAUUGAGUCUUACGAGAAGGUAGUGGUUGGAGAGAGUAGACGAGUUCCUGGACCGAACGAUGGAUGCUGUUGGAUAUGCUUGUCGGAGUACAAUAGCAAAGAGACAGUAAGAUGCAUCCCUGAAUGCAACCACUGCUUCCACGCUCACUGCAUAGACGAGUGGCUUCGCAUCAACUCCACAUGCCCAGUUUGUCGCAACUCUCCCUCACCUUCUCCUCUUCAUCUUACUUCUUGAACCAUCAUCCAUCUUCUCUUCUCAUCUCUACACCUCAUCUACUUAACUCUUAUUACUUUUCUUUUCUAUAUUUCUAAACUUUAAUAUGUUAGCUACAUAUUAGUCACAAUUUGACAUCUAGUGCUUUCAACUUGUCUGGUAAUUUCUCCUUACAUUGUUUUCACCUCCCUCCCUUUCCCCUCUUUCAUAAACAACUACUAUAUGUAAUACUCUUUUGGCUUUUUUAUUUUAUAUUUUUUGUACAAGGAAUAAAUUUUAUAUUAUCA